AUGACGCCCUCUGCUCUCGCUCUGGGACAUGUGCUGGUGCUGGUGCUGUGUCUGUCUGCGGCUGAGGACUUCGACUGGACCAACAACCAGCACGGCUCCUUCUACUAUGGCGCUUUUCCAACUGGAUUUUCAUGGGGAGCGGGGAGUUCUGCCUAUCAGACUGAAGGAGCCUGGGACAAAGACGGGAAAGGACUCAGCAUCUGGGACGUCUUCUCCCACAAGAAAGGAAAGAUCCAACACAACCAGACUGGAGAUACGUCUGGGGAAGGCUACUACAAAGUCAAGGACGAUGUGUCUCUGAUGAAGGAGAUGAAGCUGAAUCACUACAGGUUUUCCAUCUCUUGGCCUCGCCUCAUCCCCACAGGCAUCAAGUCCGACCACGUCAAUGAGAGAGGGAUCCAGUAUUAUGACGAGCUCUUGGACGCACUUCUGGAGAACAACAUCACUCCCAUCGUCACCUUGUCCUCGAACGCACCACACCUGAACGCACUGCACCUGAACGCACCACAUCUGAACGCACCGCACCUGAACGCACCACACCUGAACGCACCACACCUGAACGCACCGCACCUGAACGCACCAAACCUGAACGCACCGCACCUGAACGCACCGCACCUGAACGCACCGCACCUGAACGCACCACAUCUGAACGCACCAUACCUGAACGCACCAAACCUGAACGCACAACAUCUGAACGCACCGCACCUGAACGCACCGCACCUGAACGCACCGCACCUGAACGCACCGCCCCUGAACGCACCGCCCCUGAACGCACAACACCUGAACGCACCGCACCAGAACGCACCGCACCUGAACGCACCACCGCUGACGUCACUGUGUGGUUUGCAGGUGUUGCAGGAGAAGUACGGAGGAUGGCAAAACCUCAGCAUCAUCAACCAUUUCAACGAUUACGCAAAUUUGUGUUUUGAAAAAUUUGGAAAUCGAGUAAAGCAUUGGAUCACAUUCAACAAUCCCUGGUCUGUGGCAGUGGAAGGCUAUGAGACCGGGGAACACGCCCCAGGCCUGAAGCUCAAAGGCACAGGAGCAUACAAAGCUGCACAUCACAUCAUAAAGGCCCAUGCUAAGGUCUGGCACAGCUACGACACACAAUGGAGAGCGAAACAAAAAGGUUCGAUCGGUAUCUCUCUGUCGGGAGACUGGGGCGAGCCGGUCGACCUCACAGACCAGAAGGACAUCGAGGCGGCGGAAAGAUAUGUCCAGUUCUACUUAGGAUGGUUCGCAACACCCAUCUUCCACGGAGACUACCCCCAAGUCAUGAAGGACUUUAUUGGUAGAAAGAGUGCUCAGCAGGGCUUGGGCACGUCUCGUCUCCCGUCAUUCUCUCCUGAAGAGAAGAGUUACAUCAAAGGCACAUGUGACUUUCUGGGCGUCGGCCACUUCACCACACGCUACGUCACGCACAAGAACAACGUAGCGGCGCGCGGCGGCAGCAGCUACUUCCAGGACCGAGACCUGGCGGAGCUGGUGGACCCCCGGUGGCCCGACCCCGGCUCCGAGUGGCUCUACGCCGUGCCCUGGGGCUUCAGACGCCUGCUCAACUUUGUCAAGAGUCAGUACGGAAACCCCACCGUCUACGUGACGGAGAACGGCGUCUCUGAGAAGAUGCAGUGUCCAGAGCUGUGCGACGAGUGGAGGAUCCAGUACUUCAGGGACUACACCAACGAGAUGCUCAAAGCGAUCAAAGACGGCGUGAACGUGAAAGGAUACACCGCCUGGUCUCUGCUGGACAAGUUUGAGUGGGACGAAGGCUUCACGGAGAGAUUCGGACUCUACUUUGUCGACUUCCGGAACAAGAACAAGGCUCGUUACCCCAAGGCCUCGGUCCACUUCUACAAAAGCAUCAUCAGCUCCAAUGGCUUCCCCAACCAGAGAGAGGUGGAAAACUGGAGGCGGAAAGCUGUAGAGACCUGCUCCUCAAGUAACCAGCUGUUAGCAGCAGAUCCUCUGACGAGCCACAUGGAGAUGGUGACGGAGAUCGUGGUUCCGACCGUUUGUACUCUGUCCAUUCUGAUCUGUGCCGUGCUGCUCAUGUUCCUGCUGAGGAGGCGGAGCUAA